AUGCGGUUGAUUCCAGGAUUCCUCAAUGACCAAUGUGGCAAAAACGACCUCGUUGUUUUCAUUGUUCUCUCUCUUGCGUCUGCUGUUUAUCUGGCCGGAAAAAGGUCCUGGAGCAAGCAGGAUCCAUUGCAUUACCGAUGGUUUGAAAGACGGCAAGAGACAGUCCUCGGUCGCAAAAGAAAAGCUGAACGUAGGAAGAAGGACGUUUCGACGAGACUGUCAGACGAGCGCAAAGAUGUUGUUAUCUUCUGGGGUUCCCAAACGGGAACAGCCGAAGGUUUCGCCAACACACUUGCACGGACUCUCCGGCUGCGAUUGCGAUUAGACGCCCUAGUCCUUGAUCUCGCCGAAGUUGAUCCACAAACAAUCUCUUCGAUCAGCUCAAAUUAUCCAGCCAUAUUUCUCUUAUCCACCUAUGGUGAAGGGAAUCCUAGCGAUAACGCUGUCGCAUUUUAUAAAGGACUGCUUCGAACAGAGACGUCACUCGCGAAUAUUCGCUAUACGGGUUUUGGCCUCGGAAACAGUAUGUAUAAAGCAUACAAUCGAGCGAUCGAUGAUGUUACUCGAAGGCUCGACGAGCGAGGAGCUCUCCAAUUCUGCGCUAUUGAAUACGGCGAUGAUGCCAUCGGGACUACCGAGUGUAGCUUUCUGGUUUGGCAAGAUAAACUCAUUGAUCGUUUGAAAGAAGUGUUUGGUUGCGAGGAGAACCACCUAGGGUACGAGCCAUCGGUGGAAAUAUCAGAGGUGUUAGAUAGAAAAUCCAUGGAUAAAGCGUUCCUGGGACAUCCGUUCGAAAUCGAGAGAAACCCAACUUUCAGCGUACCUGUCACAUCGGCGUGCCACGCGCUACCAAUCGCAGUGAGCCGUGAUUUGACACCUGGAGGCGAACGACGACAUUUGCACCUGGAAAUUGAUCUUUCAAGGCGGCCGGAACUCAAAUACCGGACCGGAGACCACUUUCUGAUUUGGCCAUCGAAUCCAGAAUCUGAAGUGGACCGGCUGUUGCGUUUGUUUGGGCUUGAAGCACAGCGAUCCAAGAUCGUAACCAUCAAAGCUUUGGCGCAAGGAACGGCUGUCAAGGUUCCUAGCAUAUGCUCAAUUGAAGCCAUUUUUAGACACUAUUUGUCAAUAUGUGGACUGGUAACUCGCCAAUUGUUACGGUCUCUCGCCCAAGUCGCUCCCGAUGAAAUGGCCAGGAGCGCUGUGCUGAAUCUCUGCGACGAUUCGGUUGCUUUCAAUAAUAUGCACCGACGAUAUUCGACGGUCGCGGAUGUAAUGGAAAUGGCGAUUGCCGAUCGAGCGUCGUGGGAUACGGUUCCUCUUUCUUGGGCAGUUGAAAAUAUUCCUCCUAUGAAACCAAGGCCGUAUUCCAUAUCAUCAACUCCUAGCACUUCGCCAAGACGACUUGCCAUUACUGCUGUGGUGAUUGAUGAGGCGACAACAGGUUGUGGAGAUGUGAUCAAACGAGGGUUGACUACAACCAUGCUGAAUGGGCUCAAUCGAUCACUCCAGACCACCAGCCAAUUAUCACAGUCGCAACAAAACCCUCCUCCAUCAUUUUGUUAUUCCGAGAACCCAGACCAACACUUCAAAAGCGGUGGGAUAUACGGCCAAAUACGGAGAUCAAAAUUCAAGCCACCUAUUUCAUGCACAGCACCGAUACUGAUGGUCGCAGCAGGGACAGGCGUUGCCCCAUUUAGGGCAUUCAUUCAGGAGAGGGCGUGGUUGAAGUCAAUCGGCAAGGAAGUGGGUCGAAUGACGCUCUUCUAUGGAUGUCGCAAGAGCAGUGAAGACUUCCUGUAUGUCGAAGAGCUCAACAAAGCCGUAGCUGCCCUCGAAAAUGCAUUUGAAAUUGUAACUGCAUUUUCGCGUGAGCAACGGCGUCCAAACGGGCAUCGAACGUAUGUUCAGCACCGAAUUCGCGAGUUUCAGUCAGCGGUAGCCCAGUACAUCGUAAACGAGGGAUAUUUUGUUUACGUUUGUGGCUCCGCAAGGAUGGCGCGGGAGGUGACAAACGUGGUCCUUGAGAUAGUCGGAAAUGUCCAUGGAUGGAGCGAGGAAAAAGCUUUGAGUUUCCUGGAGACGGCCAAAAAGACAGGGAAAUGGCAAGAGGAUGUCUGGGGCGGCACCAAAGGUCUUGGUCGCGGUAUGGUUGAGGCUUUGGUAAAAGAGGGUUGUAAUGUCUCAUACUGUGCGCGAACAGUGAGGGAUGACGAUUUCGAGGACUUGCACAAAUCUCUGCUUGAAAAUGCCGAAUUCAAUGGUGUUUCAAACGGUUCCGGAGCCGAUCGGCAGUUACCUAAGGCGUAUGGAACAUCAGUUGACAUAGCUGACCGUGAGGCUCUGAGCUGGUGGGUUGAAGCUGCGGGCAAGGCAUUCGGGCGCCUUGACAUAGUCAUAGCCAACGGUUCUCAUAGAAGCCAUAUUUUUGAUAUAGCGUCCAAUAUGCAUUUCGAGUCUACGCCUAAAACGUGGCAGUCCUCGUUCGAUCUCGAUGUCAUGGGGUUCGUGAACCUGGUUGAAGCGGCAGUGCCUUGGCUUGAAAGGUCGCCACAACCCUCAAUCAUCGUUCAGUCGUCAUUCAUGGGUCGUGAGUUUUUUCGCAGUCCUCCUGCGCCCUACGGUGCGUGCAAGGCUGCACAGCUUCAACAUGUCCAAGAGCUAUCCCACUACCUUGGGCCUAAGGGAAUCAGGAUCAACGCAAUCUCUCCGGGGCCCAUAUGGGCCAAAGAUGGAGCAUGGGAGAGUUAUAGCAAAGUGGCUCCAGAUUGGGUAGAAGAACAGAGGCAGAAAGUGCCGCUCAAGAGGUUUGGGACUCCAGAAGAUAUAGCGAAUCUUGCGGUCUUCCUUGCUAGUCCGCUAAGUAGCUACAUCCAAGGCGCAAAUAUUCUGGCAGAUGGAGGCAUUCAUAUCGGCACUUGCUUUUAG